AUGUCCGCCGCACAGCUUCUCAACCCCAAGGCCGAGUCCCGAAGGAGGGGCGAAGCUCUGAAGGUCAACAUCAGCGCUGGCCAGGGCCUGCAAGAUGUGCUCAAGUCCAACCUGGGCCCUAUGGGCACGAUUAAGAUGCUUGUCGACGGCGCUGGCCAGAUCAAGCUUACCAAGGACGGAAAUGUACUAUUGCGAGAGAUGCAAAUCCAAAACCCAACCGCCGUUAUGAUUGCGCGUGCUGCGACAGCCCAGGACGAUAUCUGCGGAGAUGGAACCACCUCCGUGGUUCUGCUGGUGGGAGAGCUACUCAAGCAGGCCGACCGUCACAUUUCCGAGGGACUUCACCCCCGAAUCAUCACCGAUGGCUUCGAGAUUGCCAAAGUGGAGGCUCUCAAGUUCCUCGAUGACUUCAGGCUCCCCAAGGAGGUCGACCGAGAACUUCUCCUCAGCGUUGCACGAACAUCUCUGGCCACGAAACUGAACUCGACACUGGCUGUUCAGCUUACCCCCGAUAUUGUCGAUGCUGUUCUGGCCAUCUACCAGGCCCCUGCCAAGCCCGAUUUGCACAUGGUUGAAAUUAUGAAGAUGCAGCACCGUACUGCCGCCGAUACUCAGCUGAUCCGUGGUCUGGCCCUGGACCACGGCGCCAGACAUCCAGAUAUGCCAAAGCGACUGGAGAACUGCUACAUUCUGACAAUGAAUGUAAGCUUAGAGUACGAGAAGACAGAAAUCAACUCUGGAUUCUUCUACAGCAGCGCCGAACAAAGAGACAAGCUGGUAGAAAGCGAGCGCCGAUUCGUUGAUGCCAAGCUGAAGAAGAUCGUCGAACUGAAGAAGGAGGUUUGCGGCAAUGACGGAAAGAAGAACUUUGUCGUCAUUAACCAGAAGGGUAUCGACCCUCUCUCCUUGGACGUCCUGGCAAAGAAUGGUAUUCUCGCUCUCCGAAGGGCUAAGAGAAGAAACAUGGAGCGUCUGCAGCUCAUCUGUGGAGGUAUUGCCCAGAACAGCGUUGAAGAUCUGACAGAAGAUGUUCUUGGCUGGGCAGGUCUUGUCUAUGAGCAGACCUUGGGAGAAGAGAAGUACACCUUUGUGGAGGAGGUCAAGGAUCCCAAGUCAGUGACCCUCAUGAUCAAGGGUCCUAACGCGCACACUAUUGCACAAGUCACAGAUGCAGUACGAGAUGGUCUUAGAAGUGUUUACAACAUGAUUGUCGAUAAGAGCGUUGUUCCUGGUGCUGGUGCCUUCCAGGUCGCUUGCGCAACUCACCUGAAAGGAGAGUUCAAGGAUAGUGUCAAGGGCAAGGCUAAAUAUGGUGUUGAGGCUUUCGCUGACGCUCUACUCGUCAUUCCCAAGACCCUGGCUGCCAAUGCUGGACACGAUGUCCAGGAUGUUUUGGCCCAACUCCAAGAUGAGCACAACGAGGGUGAUAUCGUUGGUCUCAACCUCGAGACCGGCGAGCCCAUGGACCCCGAACUAGAAGGUGUCUUCGACUCGUACCGAGUCUUGAGAAACUGCAUGGCGUCUAGCUCCGGCAUCGCUUCUAACCUGCUGCUCUGUGACGAAUUGUUGAAGGCGCGCCAGAUGGGUAGAGCUGGAGGUCCUGGCCCAGGUAUGGACGGACCUAAUGAUCACAUGAAGGACGGUAGCAUUCGGGCUCUGAGGGCACAGAGGAUCUGGAAAGACGAAACAAAGGAGGAGCCGAAACCAGAAAAGACAGAAGAGAAACCGGGACCGACUCCUUCAAAACCAGACGCUCCAACUUCAGGACUUGGUGAAGCUUUAUUUGGAGCGAAAGGGUUGGGAGGCUCUGCGUCUACGAAUCCCUUCUCGAGUGGUGGCGCGAACCCCUUCUCGAGUGGUGGCGCGAACCCCUUCUCGAGUGGUGGUGGCGCAAACCCAUUUGCAUCUUCGCCGGCCUCCAACGGCAACCCAUUCGGCUCCUCGUCAAAGCCUGACACACCCGCCGAGCCUGCGAAGGCAAGCGAAACCCAGGAGAAGGAAAAGUCGCUUGCCAAAUCGUUCGCGGAAACUCUUUCAAUCAACGCUCCUCCUACUCAGCCUGCUCCACCCCCCGAGCCUUGGCCAGAGGCUAAGGAACAGCCCCAGCCAUACCCAACUCUUUACCUGGCUGAUGCGGAGUACGAAACUCUCGAUCAGACCCCGACCAAGCUCCCUGAGAAUGCUCGCAUCGAAGAUGCUGAUGCCCCUGAGCCUUCCGCGCUUGACCGGGAGGCGUUCGAGUCCACCAUGGAUUCAGCCUUCCAGAAGUUUGCGGACCGAAUCUCACAAAACCCCGAGCAAGCCAUUCGAUAUGAGUUUGGCGGCACGCCUCUCCUCUACUCCAAGACGGACCCCGUGGGGCAGAAGCUGUCCCAGGGAGGUAUCCCUGGCUGCGGCAACUGUGGUGGGCGCAGGACAUUUGAGGUGCAGCUGACCCCACAUGCGAUCGCAGAGCUUGAGGAGGAUGAUUUAAGCUUGGAAGGGAUGGAGUGGGGGACGGUCAUUGUCGGCGUUUGUGCGUCGGACUGCGUGCCCCGUGGCACGAAGACCGGAGAGGUAGGGCACAUCGAAGAGUGGGCAGGUGUACAAUGGGAGGAGUUGGUGAGCAGAAAAUAA